UCAGUUUUGCAAUCAUGGAACUCGUGCUUUCUGUAUUCGUUCUGUGUCUUAGUGCACUGGGACCUGUUACAACUAUCAGACUGGAUGGAAAUGGGUACACUGACAUCCUUAUAGUCAUCAGCCCUGCUGUGCCAGAGAAUGAAGAACUUAUCAAUCAAAUCAAGGAAAUGCUUAUCAGUGGAUCAGAAUAUCUGUUUGAAGCUUUAGACCACAAGGUGUUCUUCAAGGAGGUGAAAAUACUAGUACCACCAACCUGGAAAACAGGAACGUAUGAGAGAGCAAAAACAGAUUCCUUCAGCAAGGGCAGAAUAAGAAUUGACAGCCCACAUCCUGUACUUGGUGAUGAGCCCUACACUUAUCAGACUGGGGGUUGUGGAAACGAAGCUGAAUACAUUCAUUUUACACCAAACUUUAUGUUAAACAACAGUUUUAUUAAACCAUAUGGACCUAGAGGAAAGGUUUUUCUGCAUGAAUGGGCUCACCUCAGAUGGGGGGUAUUUGAUGAAUAUAAUGUGAAACAGCCCUUUUACUGGUCUGCUGGUCAGAUUCAACAUACAAGCUGUACAGAUAAGAUUUCUGGCCAGUGGUAUGAAAUUGUUAAUCAAGAAACUUACCCUUGCGAGUCUGGUGAAGAUGGCCUACCCACAUCUAGCUGUCAUUUCUUUCCAGAUGCAGUGCAAAAUGCAAAUACCUCUAUAAUGUACAAUCAAAAUAUAGAUUCUAUGAAAACAUUUUGUCAAGAAGAAGAACACAACAUUGAAGCACCCAAUGAGCAGAAUAAAAAGUGUGGAAAAGCAAUACGAACUGUAAUCUUUCAAGACUCGGUAGAUAAAGAUGUCCUUCACAAUCUAAAGCCUCUUCAAUCUGCACCACCAGCACCAACAUUUAAAGUGAUACAGAGAGGAUCUCGGGUUGUCUGUCUCGUCCUUGAUGUCUCAGGAAGCAUGAAGGGUAAAAGAAUAGAUCAACAACAUCAAGCUGGUACACUUUUCUUGCACGAGAUCAUAGACGAAGAACAGUUUGUGGCUCUUGUGACUUUUAGUAGUGACGCUCAAAUACUAAGUCCUUUGACUUUAAUAAAUGGACAGGCUUCAAGAGACAGUCUAGUUAACAAGUUGCCAAAAACUGCGACUGGAGGUACAGAAAUCUGUAAGGGACUCAGAAAAGGCUUUGAGGCUCUUAAAAGCGAUGAUGGUAAAACAAUAGGAGAUGAAAUUAUUUUUUUGACAGACGGGGAAGCAAAUGAUAAUGUUCAGGAUUGUUUCCAGGAAGCUGUUCAAAGUGGUGCAAUCAUUCACACUAUAGCAUUUGGCCCAAAGGCAGACAAUGUACUGAAAACCAUGGCAGAUCAAACAGGCGGAAUCUUUAAAAUUGCCAAAGACUCUAUACUUUCCAACCAGCUUGUGGAUGCCUUUUCCUCAAUUACAGUGUUUGAUGGAAAUCCCAACACACAGCCCUUACAGCUUGAAAGCACUGGAAAGCUUGUUACAGAUUGGUUUAAUGGAACAGUUCCCAUUGACCGGACUGCAGGAAAACACACCACUUUUACAUUAAUUUAUGAAAAAAGUGCACCUACUGUGUACAUACAGUCACCGAGUGGUUUGGCUUAUGACCAGAGAAACACCACUGACACUGCUAACACAAUCACUUUAACUGUUCCAGGAAUUGCGGAGCCAGGAGAUUGGAAAUACAGCUUCCUCAACAGAGAAACAGCUUCUCAGCAGAUGAGUUUAACAGUAAUGAGUCGAGCAGCUCGUGAAGAUGUUCCCCCAGUCACAGUUACAGUUAAAAUGACCAAGCAGAAGAGUAAUGUCUCCAAACCUACAGUUGUGUGGGCUGAGGUCAGUCAGAAUUACAAUCCUGUGUUGGGGGCCAGAGUUUGGACGACCAUGGAGUCAGAUACAGGGCACUCAGAAAAACUGGAGCUCUUUGAUAAUGGAGCAGGUGCUGAUGCUUUCAAAGAUGACGGUGUCUAUUCCAAAUAUUUUACAAAAUUAAAAAAGGGAAAAUGGAGUCUAAAAGUGCGAGUGGAAAAUCAAGAUGGACAAGUCCUGUAUUCCGUACACAGACACAGUGGUUCUCUGUAUGUCCCUGGAUAUGUUGUUAAUGGUACAGUGGUAUUAAACCCUCCUAAACCCCCAGUUAAUAUGCAGAGAGACGACAUUGGUAGAUUCACCAGAACACUAACUGGGGAGAGUUUUGUGGUGGAAGCUGAGGAACCUUUAAACUUCCCUCCAAGCAAGAUCACAGAUCUGAUAGCAGAUAUUCAGGAGGACACUGUGUUUCUUAACUGGACGGCUCCCGGUGAGGAUUAUGAUCAGGGAACAGCUGAUUCCUAUGAAAUCCGAUGGAGUAAAGAUUUCAAGAUGCUUCGAUACAACUUCAGCAGCAGUAAUUUAGUCAACACUUCAGGACUUCUGCCCCAAGAAUCAGGUUCAGCUGAACAACACUCUUUCCAGCCUUAUAUUAGAAUUGAAAAUGGCACCACAUAUUUCUUUGCUAUUCAGUCAAUAGACCAACAGUUAGCAAAAUCUGAGGUAUCAAACAUUGCUCAAGCAACAAUGUAUGUCCUAAGUCCAGCCCUAUCAUCAUCCAAUAACCUAACUGCUAUGAUUGUAUCAGUCUGUGUUGUAACCCUUGUGGCUUGUGUGAUAGCUGUGGUGAUCAUGUGGGCACAGAAACAAAAGGAAAACGUAUAUUAAGGAUCUGUCAUUUUCCUGUUUCGUGCUUUAUGUUGCUUAACUGAUUAGAUCUUGAGCGAAGUCUUUUUUUGGGGGGGAUUUUUAAAAAAUUUCCUGUUCACAACUGUUUAAUUAUAAAAACUGUGAAAUCAAAUCAAGCAGUCUAAAAAAAUCUUUGUCAUAAACCAAUAAAUCUCAGAAAAACAAGGUUUAUAUAUAUAAAAAAAAAAAACAGAAAAGCAAUUGUUAAUGUUUCAUGCUUUAUUACAAUGGAAAAAAAUGUUUGGUAAACUAAUAGUUAUUUUUUGUUGUUAAAUGACAAAAUAUUGAAUAUGAAUAAGAGUUGAAUAAGAGUUUGAAUUGAGUUUGGAUAAGAGUUUAAUAGCCUCUGUUUACAUUACAAGGCACAUUUUUGGUCAGAUCAGACUUUUUCUUUUAUUCUUAUGUUGGCACAUCGGUCAUCUAAAAUAGCACAUACAGUAUGCACACAUCCAUACAUUUUAGCUUGCAUCAUCUAUCUGGUGCAUCUAUUUGGGGUCUGAGAGUUUUCUAAAGACAGAGUCCUCUUGUGUCCCUACACUUAACUAAUGUACUAUUCCAGAUUUCAUCUCCUCUGAAAAAUGCAAGUCUCUGAAAAGCUUGAGCUGGUGUAGAAAUUGUCCCUGUACACAUGGUACCCAUAUACCAGAUAAGGAUGAUUUUACCAGUGAAAUAACAUUGAUAAGAGUCAUUGAAAGUCAUUGUGCAGAAGGAAAGUUAUUCUUUCCUGUGUACAGCAAAAUUCACUGUGUAUCUAUUACUACAGUCUACAAGAAAGAAUAAUUCGUAUCCGCACUUUGUUGGUUUUGCCUUCAUGUACUGGGUCAGUCCUGUCUUUGCCUUGCUGGUUAGCAUCCUUUCAUAAAGGUUCCUUUAAGGAUGGUACAAGGAUUUGCAUGCAUGUUGGAUUGCAGUCAUGAGAGGCCCUUCUGUCAUUUUCACAAUCCCUAUCAGGAUCAUGUGUAAAUUCCAUAAAAUUGUCCUGUACCUGUCUGUGUUCAUUAAAGUUGCUGGGAAGUCUUGGAAAAAAAUUGUGCUUUGUCUUCACUUUGUAGUGCAGCCCAGCUUCAGCACUGGCAUGUAAAAAACAAGUCCUAUACAGUAUAUUUGUGUAAGUCCUUCACAGUUACAUCUGUUCAUUUGUAUUUCCUCUGUGCACAAUAUAAAGGGCUGCAUGCUUGUUGAUGUUAUUGGAAAUGUUUUUUUUUUUUGUUUUUUUUUUGUCACUAAAGAACAUCUUGAAUAAG